GAGCCACUAAUAAUGUGAAAACUUUCAGGCCAGCCAGGCUACCUCACUGAGUUUACACUUCUGUAAAAUGGUAUUGCACUGUGGGGGCCAUACAUGAUCGCUUUGUCUCAUUCCCAGUGUGGCACAGAAACUUCACCCCUUAUUUUUAUUUUCUGAUUUUCCUCCAUAACUUGAGAUCCACUUGGAUUUUGGGCUUCAAAGUGGCUAUAGUGCUGGAACCCAAGUUCCUAGUUUCUUGAAUCCUACAUGAGGGCUAUGAUUUAGAUAUUUUGUCACUGCCAAAUCUCAUGUUGAAAUGUGUCCUCCAAUAUUGCAGGUGGGGCCUAGUGGGAGGUUUUAGGGUUGAGGACAGAUCUCUAAAGAAUGGCUUGGUGCCAUCCCAUAGUGAAGGGUGAGUUCUUCCUCUGGUGGGUCACUCCACAGCUGGCUGUGAAUGAAUGAAAGUGAUUAGAAAGGGACAGGUAUAGACUCAAUGUUAUGCCUUAGUCAGGUAUACUGAAGAGAAAUAACUGGCUGUCUUGCUUUUUAAUUUUAUUUUUUUAGAAACGUUGACUCCCUGUGUUGUCCAGGCAGGACUCCUACGCCUGGGCUCAGGUGAUCCUUCCGCCUCAGCCUCCUAAGUAGCCUGGACUACAGCUUCCUGCUACCUCCCCCAUCUUGCUUUUAAAUUUAAAGCAGGGUCAGCACAUCACAUGAAAUCGUCUCAUUUUUGGGGUUUCCCACAUGUCCAGAACUGCCAACCGGUAGUGGGGUGCCUGGCUAGGCUGUGGGGAGCAUGGGGGUUUAUUUGCAAAGGAGGUCCUGGAUAAAUGUGCCCCCACAUCCUCUCAGGAGAGGAGAAUGGAAGCGAGAGAGAGGCCGACCCGUGUUCCCCGUGUUAAUGUGUACGGAGGAGCAGGUCCGAGGGACCUAGGUGUGGACAGGGACAGGCAAGGCGCGGGCGAGGAGAAACGAAAAUCACAUUGGUGGCGGGGGCUCUGCACACAACUCGCUCGCUACCGCCCGGUCCCCACUCCGCUCUCCGCCGAUCCGGGAGCGGGAGCGGGAGGCUGUGGCUGCACACAGACUUCUGGACAUGCCGAGCUGAAAACGGCUCUUAACUUCUUGCUUGGGAUCUCCAACCUCUCCACGGCUCGAAAUGGACCCCAGCUGCUCCUGCUCCACUGGUGGCUCCUGCACCUGCGCUGAGUCCUGCACGUGCAAAGAGUGCAAAUGCAUAUUCUGCAAGAAGAGCCGCUGCUCCUGCUGCCCCGUGAGCUGUGCCAAGUGUGCCCAGGGCUGCAUCUGUAAAGGGGCAUCAGAGAAGUGCAGCUGCUGUGACUGAUGUCGGGAAGGCCCUGCUGGAAGAUGUAGAAAGAGCGACCUGCACAAACGUGGAAUUUUUUCCGUACAACCCUGACCCACUUACUGUAUUAUUUUUUAUGAAAUAUGUGAAUGAUAAUAAAAUUGUUGACUUAA